AUGAAUGCAACUGAGGAUGAAGAGUACAAUGAAACAAGUAAUAAGGUUAGUCAAGAAAGCAUACUAAAUAAUUUCGAAAGAAUCAAGACUCACUUCCCAGCAGCUAGAAUAAAGAAAAUUAUGCAAAGCGAUGAAGAUAUUGGGAAAGUUGCACAAGCAACUCCCGUGGUUGUGGGUCGAGCAUUAGAAAUCUUUAUGGCUAAUUUGGUUGAAGCAAGUAUAAUUGAAGCCAAAAAAAACGGGGUUAAAAGAAUUGGUGCUUCUCACAUUAGAUCAGCCGUGGAAAAUACUGAACAAUUUGAUUUUCUAGUUGAUGUUGUUGAAAAAUAUCCAGCUUCUAAGUAA